UUUCCCGCCCCCCAAUCACCCCUCUCCUACAAAACCCUCCUUCCUUCUGCGAUCCCCACCACAAAUCUCUCGUGAUCCCGAUCUCGAUCGAUUUCUGCAACCCUAGAGAUAAUCUGAUCCAAUGAAAACCGUUUCCAGAUCUCCGGCGAGGAGAAACGACGGUGGCUUCCACCGUUAUUUGAAGCCCGGUGCUCUCGCUCAGAUCCGCGACUCCAGGAUCAAUGGGAGAUCCAACUCGCUCGUCUCUCGCUCCUCUUUGCAGAGAUUGGAGUCGCAAUCGCCCUCGUCCUCGCCGCAGAUCUUGACGCUGGAUCAUGUGCCGGAUCUCCUGAGCAAGAUCUACGGCCCAAGUAGCCUCCGGAGGAAGAAGCUCGUCGCUGCUAGAUCCGUGUCGUUGAUGAAUAUGAACGCUUCUCAGAGUUCUAUACUUGAAUCCGCCGGCGGUAACAGCAGUGUAUUAAAUAAUGAUGUGUUAGUUGCUCACUGAAUUAAAGGUAGUUGAUAUUGGAUACCUUUUUUUGUUCUUGUUGUAGAUUCUUCCCUUCUAUGUUAAAUGAUCCGAUUCGGGAAGAGCUGUCAAUUUUUCUUGAACCAUAAAAAUCCAAACCUUACGUAAACCAUCAUGGUUUAGUGUACCUCAAAUGAAUCUCAUUUCCAGUUUGAUCUCAAUGUAUCUUUCAUCCAUUUGAUGUGAAAGUUCAAUGUAAGCUAUCAUCUCUCUUCUCUCGUAUCUAACUGCUGUUAUUGGAAUUA